CUUUGGACCGUUCACGACUCGGGAAUGCGUUCAGCGCGGUUACAGGUUUUGUCUUUGGCGGCGACUGGCGUACUUGAAGCACCAUUGCAAGACCCGUUCUUUCGCUGACCGUGCUCAGCUCAACCGCAGCCACCGAUUCCGAAUCUCGACUCAAUUAAUGCAGCCACAGGGAAUGCUAUACGUUAUUUUGGUGUUUUUGACGAGCAUUCGGAAGAAUGGGUCCUCGAAGGCAGCGGGGUUAAAGCUUAGGUGACGAUCCUUGCCGUCAACUCAGUUUGUGUCCGCAUACAGGACGUCAAGUAAGACAAACCUGGCCUGGAUCUGAUGCUCGGUGCACAUCGCCGAGAGAUGAGUAAUGGCGACUGCAUUCUUGAUGCGCGUCUCGCUCAUCCUCAGGGCAGGCAUAUCAAAACAUCUGACUGAACCCAUUCGAUUCCCACAACUGUGGGUUGAACCCGAAGAUAUCUCAUCGAUCUAGAUCGCAAUGAAAGUGCUUGAAUGCACUGCAAUGCAAUCUGUGCAUAUCAAGUUGUACCUUAGAAUGUAUUCCGCCAAGCAGCAUCCUGGCAUGUGACUGUUGCUCUCAUUUUG